AUGAGAGAGAGCGGCGCGAUACGCAGGACCAAGAGCGAGCACCUCGUUCAUCCAGCAGAGCGUGGGCGACCACUUGGGCUCAGUCGAGCGCUGUCGAACUACAGCACCGCGACGAGAGCGGCGAUGCGAGGCCCGGACGCGCCCGGAUACUAUGAUCUGGACCAAUCGACCAGCGCGGAGAGCCAGAGGAAGAGGAAGGUCGUGUAUUGGGACGAGCAGAGGGCGGGUGUGCGCAUGCCUUUAAACCGCAUCACACCGCCACAGGACUUCGACUGGGACGCGCUGCGCGUGUAUUAUCCCACCACUGAUGACGGCGAGAAGUCGCCGACGUCCAGCCGGGCCAAGCGGCUCCUCUCGAGGAUCCGCGAGGCAUUCAAGCACUGA